UUGGCGUUAAACAGAAGAUUGUUUAUACAGGGGCGAGCAAGGAAGUGGAUAAGUCUGACGGUAUUCGUUUGAUGGGCCUUCUAGCCAACAACAACAACAAUGGAGGUAAUGGAGGCAAUGGUGACAAUGGAGGCAAUGGAGGCAAUGGAGGCAAUGGAGGCAAUGGAGGCAAUGGAGGCAAUGGAGGCAAUGGAGGCAAUGGUGGCAAAAGAGUCAAUGGAGGCAAUGGAGGCAAUGGUGACAAUGGAGGCAACGGAGGCAAUGGAGGCAAUGGAGGCAAUGGAGGCAAUGGAGGCAAUGGAGGCAAUGGAGGCAAUGGAGGCAAUGGUGGCAAAAGAGUCAAUGGAGGCAAUGGAGGCAAUGGUGACAAUGGAGGCAACGGAGGCAAUGGAGGCAAUGGAGGCAAUGGAGGCAAUGGUGUCAAUGGAGGCAAUGGUGGCAAUGGACGCAAUGGAGGCAAUGGACGCAAUGGAGGCAAUGGUGGCAAUGGAGGCAAUGGUGGCAAUGGAGGCAAUGGUAGCAAUGGACGCAAUGGACGCAAUGGAGGCAACGGAAACAACGGCAAUAACGGCAAUAACGGCAAUAACGGCAUUUUAUUAUUUUCCUUCGAUCCCUUUUCCUUCCGGUGAUAUCAUUCCUCUUGGGAUUGGGACAUACUUUUGUCUUAUUGACUAUUUCAUGCCCUUAUCAUUGUUUCACUGUCGUUAUUUUGCAGUUGCUAAUCAUGAAUUUGGCUACGGGAAUACAACAGACGAAGUGUAUGGCCCACCGGACUGGCACAAGGGAUGGGAGGACUGCGGCCAUGACCACCAAUCCCCAAUUAACAUCGACACAAGUAAAGUGGUAAACAAGGACUAUCGUGAUUUGAAAAUAGCGUUCGACAACCAGGGGGGCCUGGUCACGGGAAAGCUCGAAAACACUGGUAACUCGCCUACUUUGUAUAUCGACAAGUCCAAAGGAACAGCUGAAGUAACAGGGGGUCCCCUGGGGGAUACCAUCUACACACUGAAUCAGAUCCAUGUUCACUUUGGCUGUGAAAACAGCCGUGGAUCUGAGCACACUCUAAACGGGAAGCGGUUCGCUGGCCAGGUAACGACGCAAAUUGCGCCAUUUCCCUCUUCAAGUGGAAACCCAAUUUUAGGAAAGUUUGCAAAUUUGCUUCCUAACAUCAUUGAAGUUGUAAAUGGAGGCAAUGGACUCAACGGAAACGGCGGCAAUAAUGGCAACGGUGACGACAAGAAGGAAGUGAUACUAACAGACUACUUCCACUACAAGGGAUCCCUUACCACCCCUCCCUGUUAUGAAACAGUAAAGUGGCUGGUUCUAAAACCCAAGCUUCGAGCCUCUAACAAUCAGGUGAGUACAUGUUAACCUACUCAUUAAGCUACUCGUUUCAAUUUUGCUAACUUUGUUGCAGGCCUCAGAAAUAACUGAGCAGUAUUUGAUAAGCCCUUGAAUAAACGAGAACAAUAGCAAGAGAAUAAUAGACGGUUUUCGUAUUCUCGGCAUUGGACUGGCCGGAACUAGCUUGCAACUGAGGCUAAUGUGGGGAGUCUUUCAAAUGCAAAUGACAUUAAUCUCUUUUAAAUGGUAUUCCCCCGCAUUAGCCUCCGUUGCAAGUUGGAGUUCCAGUCUGAUACCGAGAACACGAAAAUGGUCUGUAACGUGCACAUUAAUCCAUAAACACCGCACUGCAGUAGCACAGCGAAUUGUGACUGCCGUCCUUGAUUCACGUGAAAUACGUCUUAGAAUGGUCUAG